AUGCGCUGCGGGCUCGAUUGCGUCUCCCUGGGCCAGUUCUCGGGCCGGGAAUUGGGGCGGCCGCGGCCGGGCCGGCUCCGGGCGCAGCGGGGCGGCGGCGGGCGCGCGGGGGCGGCCUCCAGGCCCACCGUCCCCGAGGCGGCGCUGCGCCGGGGUGCGCCGGCAGGGCCCCUGGCGCUCCCACGGGCCCCGCAGCCGACAACCCCAGCGAGGGCCAGCGCGGCGCUCCCUGGGACCCGCUGCCCGAGCGCUCCUGGAGGCGCCGACCCCGGCCUUCUCCCUUCCUUUCUUUCGCCCGCGGGCUUGGGCUCCGGGCGGGCGCCUCCUUGGCUGCGGAUGGGCCGCUACCCGCCUCCAAGCUCUAAGGCCGCUUCCCGCGCCUUCGCGCGCAGAAGCGCUCGGAUCUGCGGGCGUUGGACCCGGAGCGGGACCGUGAACCGGCUGCUGCCUGGUUCCAGGGCAGACCGGGGGUCGGCCUCAGGGACGGGGGCGCUGCGUGCGCUUGACGUCUGCGACCGCAGAGCCAGAGCCGCGGCCCCUCCAGGCCGUGAAGCGCUUCUUGCGAGCGAGGAAACGGUUGCUCCAUCCACUCCCCACACAUCUCAGCACCCCAGCGAGCAGUGA